CCCACCGCCCACCGGUGCCUGGGAAGACGAGAUAGUGGUGUGUGCCACUUUCUGCAACUCUGGAACUCAACACUACGUUUUUGUCUCGUGGUGAGCUCAGCCUGCACGGGGAAUUAUUCAGCCUGUCGCUGUUAACUCAGCAUGGAACAGACGUGCCCCAAAGCGACACACCGUCGCCGCCAGCCCUGCCACCAGACUUCAGUUUCGCCACUGCUCACUGUGUAGAAGGGAAAUAUACCAGCUAAGAUGCCUUGUUUCGAGUAAUUUAGCUGUCUCCGCAUACGCAACUCCGCAUCCCAAUUAUGGAAAGCGAAGGUUCGAGUUCAAAACAGCGCGAUAAUCAGAAGAGGAGCGCCCCUUCUGAUGAAAACGCGCGCAAAAAAGUCCCUGCACCUCCAGGAGGGAAGCGUGGAUCAUCAACAUCAUCGGAGAGAAGAAAGUCGUCACUAACUUCUGAGGCUAAGACUGACCAGCCAGUCAAGAUGGCGUCUCGGAGUCAGUCUCAGAAAGAACGCAAAGACUCCACGUCUUCUCCCAGCGUGAACCGAUGUCGACCAAGACACAGAUCUGCCGACCCGAAACGAUACUCAGCACAGAAACGUGAAGAGAUAAAGGAUGCCCAGACGGUAGCCGUGCCAGAAGUCAAGACAAAGACCAGAAUAUUGGCUAAAGAUUCGACAGAAACUUCGAAGCAACAAGAACCGACCGUCAAGGAAAUGGAUCAAAAUGUGAACCAGAGCAACACGCAAUUUUUGUCUCCACACCCGCCGAAGAAAGGGAAGUCCAAGUCCCCGUCAGGGAGACGACGAUUGUCCGAACAACUUCCAGCCGUCAAAAUGGAGAUGCCGAGAAGACAAAGCGCUGCGUCCAACUUGACGCCACCGAAGAACUUCUCCCGUGGAGGAGACCAGGGUCCUGUGAGCACGUCCACGCCGGCCAGCAGGAGACUGUCCGUGCAGGGCGGGGCGGAGAGGAGUAGCAUGACCCCUCGACACAGGAGGCGUCUCUCAGACUACGUCACCGGCCGGGUCAGGAGGAGCCUGUUUGACGGAUCUGGGCUAGACACAAGGACGCUGAGAUCAACAAACUCCGCCUAGAGCUGUCGGCUAAGGACGCGAUGAUCCAUCGUCUGCUCGGAGAAAGCCGUCACGCCAAACUGAGGCUCAACAUUGACGUCCGCAAGUCUAAGCUGGUGGACGAGUUGAGAGAACUCCGGCAAGAGAAGAAGGCGCUGGAGGACUCUCUCAGUAUGGCUAGCUCGGCGGAGAGGAGUUUUUCGCACGAUCUCAGGAGAACCUCAGAGAGUUUCGAGUCAGAGCUUUUCAGAGUCAAGCGGGAGGCACAGAUAAAAGUCAAGCAACUGAUUGAGCGGCUGAAGAACAAAGACAAACUCAUUUCGCAGCUGGAAAAAGACCUGGGCCACCAGUGGGCGGCCGCCCAAUUCGCGGCCCUGGAGAGGACACACGGCGAGGGGACUGAGGCUCUGGCCUCAGGAUCCCCCUCGCUCCCUCCAGGCGCUCUCCCCGAGGGCAGGCCGAACCCCGAUUCGUUCUCGUGGACCCCAACCUCCACCCCUACACCUGGGGAUGUUGAGGAUGAGCGGUCCGCUGGAGACGAGGGCUUCGUCUAUGGCAAGCAAGACUUGUCCAAAAAGCUGAAGGAAAAGAAUAAGGAACUUGUGGAAAAAUGCCGUGCCUACCUACAACGGACCAAAGAGCUAACAGCUCAGAACCGUGCUUUCAAAGACAGCAGUGACAGAGCACUGCAAGAAAACAAAAAAUUGCAAGAACUUCUGGAACAUUCCAAACUUCGUCUGCUUCAAGUGAGCAGACAAGUGAAUGAACUGAGAGCAGAAAGGACCAACGUGACUAGUCAGACGGAAAAAGUGGAAGAAAUGAGAAAAGAAAUGAUUGAGGACAAGAAAACGAUAAAUGCUCUCCGACAAGCCUGUUCUAGCAUGGGUGUGCGUGAGACGUUCUACGGCUACGAGGAAGACGACAGCUCGGUGGUGUCCGAGAACUCCGCAUCCUCCCUGUCCCACAGCACAGUCAGCGAGGAAGAUCUCUGGGACGACGUGAGCUCAGCAUGCGAGGCGAGCAUCCCCGACCAGCAGCGUCCGGCCCCCGGCGAGCGAGCGUGUCUGGAGCAGCUAGCGGAGAGUGAGCGAGAGCAGCUAGCAGCGGCGAACGCUGAAAUGGAGCAGCUACGAAGGGAAGUGGGCGCUUUGCUCAAGGGCCGCGGGAAAGAGGCUGAUGCCGUGCUCAGGAAGCUGGACAGGAUGAGAGACAUUGAGGAGAAUGCAGCUUCACUGGAGGCAAUGGCCCAUGAGCUUCAGAUGAAAGUCGUUUCUCUGCAAGAAGAGAAAGACUCACUUCAAGAAGAACUUGCUUUACGGGGUGCCAAGUCUCCCAAGGGGGACAAAUCUACGGCUGCUGCCAGGGAGAGACAAGAAAAUCUUGAGUUGAAGGUGGAGAUAUCUCGUCUGGUGAGCGCCGAGACAAAGCUCUCGGACGAACGUAAUGUUUUACUCGAGCAGCUGGAGGACUGGAAGGUUCAGUAUGAGCAUCUGAAACACCAACUAGAUAUUGUAACACGUCAACAACAGACCUUGAAGGUCAAAGUUCAUGACAGCACGUCAAGCGGCGACUCUACUCCUGCCUCCCCGUCUUCCUCACCCUCUCAGUCCCCCAAGAGAUUGUCUAAAGACAGAAAGUCAAAAUCUAGAGGAGGAGAUGAUUCCACACCUCAGUCAAAGAAAAGGAAAAGUAGUGUACCAAACGAAAAUUCAAAUUCGCUAAAGAGUUUUAGGAGCUUUGGUGAUAUUAAAUCAGUAGCCGAGGAACAAGUUAUCACCAGGACCUUCAAGAGCACUGAAAAUGUGCAGCCACUGAAAUCUGAAGAUAGUGGUAAGGAGGAAAAGAUGAUGAAAAGGAUCUCCCAGUUAGAAUCAGAGCUAAAAGGAAUGAAAGAUGAGAACUCUUUGCUUCUGGACCAGCUGAAGCAAUCGGUCAUUGAGAAAAGCUCAGAGGCGGAAGCAGACCAACAGAUGCUGCUGGACCGGUUAAGAGCCAUGGACUCUGAGCUAGACUUACUUAGGAGAGAGAAUGUGGCUCUGGCUCAACAGCUGAGACAGCGCGUGGAGGAAUUUCAAGACAGUCAGGACGAGAUGAGUCCUCGAGUGUCGGAGCUGGAGGAGUACUGUGAAGACCUCCAGGAGAGACUCCACUCCGCAGAGUGCGGCGAGAGACAUCUCCGAGAGAAACUGCGACUUGUUGAAAGCAGCAUUGAUGAAGCAGAGUCCAAUGAGAUGGCCAUCAGGGAAGAGUAUGAAAAGUUGGUUGCGAGAGAAGCUGAGGCAAAGAAUCACAUCCUCGAGCUACAGAGGACAGGCCGUGAGUUGAGAGACAUCAUCCUCGACAAGGAUAUUGUGGAACAGGCUCUGAGGGAUAAGGUGGACUUUCUCCAAAAGGCUGAAGCUGCGUCUGUUCAGAGAAUUGAAGAGCUGGAGGUUGUGGAGAAGGACUUGCGGGAGCAACUAGAGCAACAACGCUUGGGCGAAGGUGGCAGCUCCCAGCGGGACCUCAACAAGAUCCAGGAGCUCAAACAUCAGUUGACUUUCCUGGAGACGGACAACAAAGCUCUGUCCUCUCGUGUAGCCGAGCUCGAGGAGAAUGAAGAGAUCCUGCGGGAGAACUGGCGCCGGGUGGCCGACGAAGACUUCAAUAGGACUCAGUGUUUGGAGGAAAAGGUUCGAAUGCUUGAGUCUCUAAACAGAGAUCUGAGAUCAAAAUUGACAGAUGCCCAGGAGUACUUUGUCAUCAACACCAUCCCAGGGUCAGAGACGACUUUGGCGGCUGAAUUAGCUCAAUCCCAGGCCAGCGCUCCAACACAAGGCACCUCAGACAUAAGCAAUGAUAGUGGCAACAAAGGAGAGGACAACCAGGAGGAAGAAGUAGGUCAGCUUCAGGAGCAAAAAGUCCUGAAAGAAAAAGUUCGCAAAUUGGAACGAAAACUGAGUGAUGUGUCCGAGAUGAAGAACUCAAAGAUAGAGACUCUGCAAGAAAAGAUUGUGAGCCUAAAGGAAAAUGAAAUCAAACUCAGCGAGACAAUCUCAGAGAUGGAGAUGACAGAGAGAGAGAUCAGGGCAAAACUAGCACUCUACGAGAGUUCAGAGGUCACAGUGGAGAAAAUGCUGAAGUAUCAGAGCAAGAUUGAAGAGCUGAGGACUUCUCAGGAGUCCUUGCUGGACCAACUGGAAAGUAUGGAAAACCAGGAGAUGACCCUGCAGGAGAAGAUGCAGGAGAUGGAGAGAACUUUACGCGGGAAGAUUGUAACCCUUGAGGUUGAAAUGAAAGGCUAUAAACAGAAAGAGUUGAAGGCAGCUGGUAGAAUACGUGAGUUGGAAAAACAAGAGAAGGAACUGACGGACAAGGUGGCCCAGCAAGCAGAGAAGGAAAAUGGACUUUAUGUGAAGAUCUCCACUCUGAUGGAUGAACUCAAAGCAGUGAAGGACGAGAAUGAAACCAUGAAGACGCAGCUGUCAGAAAAAGAGGACAAGGUCCGCAAGUCCAAGCUGCUUGAAGUGAAACUCCUGGAAAUUGAGAUGGAAUUUGGCAAGAAAUCCUCUGCCCUGAGCACUAAGCUGCGCCAUAAAGAGGAAGAACUGAGACAGCGAGAGGUGGCUCAUGAUCAGGAGCUAAAGUCUGUCCGCGAAGUACUCUUGCAGCAGGUGUCAGAGCAGAGUCAUCGCGUCACCAUAGUGGAGGGCAUGUUUGCCCAGAAAGAGAGAGAGUUGAAAGUCACCAUGUCAUCUUUGGAAGAUUCAGUUAAUGAUAUCACUUGUGAGAGAGAUGAAUUUGAGAAAAAAGUGAAGGAACUGACAGAGGUAAAUGAAUCAUUGAAGGAGAAAGAAGAAGGAUAUGAGAAGGAGCUUGUGAUUUUGUCAGAAGAAGUGAGAUCGAUUAAGUCAACAGAGGAGGAUGGUGAGGUAAAAAUGACAGAGAUGAAAGAGAAUGUAGAGAAAGAAACAAAGAGAGCCGAGGAGGCUGAAAAUAGGGUGAAAGAUUUAGAAAACGAAUUGGAGAAAGAACGACAGACUGUUCUUGAUAUUGAAAAUAAAAUGGUCACUAUGAAGAAUGAUAUCUCCGAAAAAAUGAAGAAUAUUGAAGUUAGCUUCAUUGAGAAAGAGCAAGAAUAUGAAAAAGAGAAGCAGUCUUUGAGAGAUGAACUGAAAGUGAAGAAUGACAGAGUAACUGAACUGCAGAGAGAGCUUGAGAAAACAAGCACACGUGUAGCUGAACUUGAAGCAGAGUGUGAAAAGGUCAAAACAGAGGCAGCAUCAGGAGAGAGCACUGUCAGGCAGAGGUUACAGAUGCUAGAGCAAUCUUUGAGUGAGAAAGAAAAGGCAUUCUCUCAGUUAGAGAGGGCCCACGAGGAAGCGAGUAAGUCAGUGGAGGAGAAGAGCAGCAGAAUUGAGGAAAUACUGAAAGAGAAAGAUACAGCUUCAAAUGUGCAAAAAGAAAAAAUCACCACGAUGAGCGCUGAAGUGACUGAACUGAGACAAAUUUUGCAGGGUAAAGAUAUGGAGCUAGAAAGAAUGAAAGAGUACGUUGCCCGCAAGAAACAGGAGCAUAAAGAUCAGAUUUCUACCAUGAAGGAAGAUCGAGAGGCUCUGGAGAAAGAACUGAGAAACAAAGUCAUGUUCCUGAACACUCAGCUCCUGCAGGAGGCUGAGGCUCGCGAAGCCCAGCAGUCCAGCCUGCAGGACCAGGAAGAUAAGAAGUCCAAUUUGUUGACGGAAGUGGGCCAGCUGAAGAAAGAGGUGGAGCAGCACAAGCUGGAGCUCAUGGAAAAACUCUCUGAGUUGGAGCUGAAGAACAAGGACAGCUGUGAGCUUUCCCUGGAGCUUAGCCAGUCUCGCCACUCUAUAAAGACCUUACAGCAUGAAUUUGAUUCAGCCAGACAAAACUGGAGUAAGACAGAAAACAACUUGCAAAAACUUCUCAAAGAACGGGACCAGACAUUGGAUAAAACGAAUAAUGAUCUCAACAAUUUACAGAUUCAGUUUUCUGAGGCUGAAUCAAACCUUGCUGAAAAGGAGAUGGCUCUAGAGGAAGUAAAGUCCAAGUGCAAUCUCAUGCAGCAAGAACUGUCAGAAAAAGAGCAGCUAGUGGAAGAGAAAUUCCAAAGAGAGGUGGUGGUUCAAGAACAAAUGCAGAAAAGUGAACUCCUGUUGCAGGAGAGAGGAAGAGAGAAGCAAGAACGUGAAGCUGAACUUGAUCAGUUGAAGAAAACGAUGGAGGAGAAAGAGUCCUUACUGAAUCACAGUCUGCUUGAGAAAGAGGAUCAAAAGUCCAAGUAUGAACAUUCCAUGACAGUUAUCUCUUGUUUAGAAAGCAAAGUGUCUGAACUUGAAACUGAGCUGUCUCAGGCUCACGACCGACUGCACUCGCAGGAGAAAGAACUUCAUGAGAAAACAGGACAUCAGAAACUCAAAGACAACGAAGUUGAAAUCCUGCAGAAGAAGCUUGAGGAAGCUCAGAGAGAAGUCCAAGAAAAAAAAUCUGAGCACUCAACGACACAUUCCAAGAUCUUGUCUGAGAUGUCCACUAAAGAGCAAGAGUUGGCUCAUGCCCGGGAGGAGCUCCAGAAAUGCCUGCAGGACAUCGAGCAGUGCAAAGUGGAGUGUAUGAAUAAAGAACAAGAACUUAAUCAAAAGAACCAGACUUUUAACGAGCUCCUUCUGGAAAGGCAAGAGCUGACCUCACAGCUUGAGCAGCGGGACCAAGAGACAAAGACUGUGGAAUCCAAGAUGGCUUCGGUGCAGGAGCGUCUAGUGGAGGCAGAGAAUCGCUACCGGGAGCUGGAAGCCAUGUGUGCCAGCCUAGAGCUGCAGCUAGAGGAGAGGUUUGCUUCUGCCCAGAACGCUGAGAAAAUCCUUGUGAGUAAAGACAAUGAAUUUCAAGAGUUGCAGUCGAAAUUGCUGUUGGUCGAGAAACAGUACACUAAUGUUUGCUCAGACUUGAAGAAACUAGAGGAGGAGUACAAAGAAAUGGAAUCAAAGCAGUUGACUAUGGAGCAGAAGUAUAUUGACAACCAAACUACUCUUUUGAAGAAGGAAGAGGAAUGUCAGCAAUUGCAAAAUAAACUAGCUGAGUUAAAUACUGAAUGCCAAACGCUGAAGACAGUGUCAUCAGAAAUGCAGAGUAAAAUUUCUGACUAUGAGGCACAAGUGAAUUUAGCUGAACAGAAAAAAACAGAAGUUCACCAAUCUGUUCAGGACUUAGAAGAAAAGUACAGAAAGUCGACUGCUGACAUCAAAGCAACUGAAGACAGAUUACUUCAAAGUAGAAAUGAAUGUAAAACACUCGAAAGUAAAGUCACCGAAACUGAAGCAUUGAUUAGGGACAGAAAUGUUGAGUGUAAUACUCUAAAAUCUUCAUUAGAUCAGUCUGAGAAAAAAUGUUUUAAUGUGCUUUCAAAACUUGAGAAGACGGAAUGUGAUGUAAAAGAAGCACAAGAAAAAUGUCAAGAGAAAGAUAAGCAAGUGACAGAUCUGCAGACCCAGCUGAGGGAGACAGAGCAAGUGUGCUUGUUGAACAGGUCCAGUCUGGAAGAGACUCAGUCCAAACUGAAAGAGAAAUGCACAGAGAACGAAAGGCUGACUGUGAAACUGGAAGGCGCUCAAGGAAACAUUGGAAAGCAAGAGACCAGAAUUUCUGAGCUUUCUGAGAAACUGAACGCUGCCGAGAGAAAGGUGCAACAAAGUGUUCUUGAAACUGAUGAGCUUAAAAAUGCUAUUUUGGUAAUCGAAAAUGCUAUGAAGGAGAAAGAGAGUCAUUACGAGGACUCUCAGUCUGGCCUGGAGUCUUUGGAACAAAAACAUCUAGAGACUCAGAUAGAGUGUGAGAACUUGAAGUCUAAACUGGAAUACUUUCAGCAGCUCCUGGGGCACAAAGAGCAAGAGUGUGAGGAUGCUGCCAGAAAAGUGAAGGACCUGGAAAUCAGCUUAGAGCAAACGGGACAGGCUUUGCAAGACAAUGAAUCUGAGCUCUCUCAGAUUCAAGAAAAACUUAUUGAAAAAGAAGCAAAACUGAAAGAUGCACAGGCCCGACUUGAACACUCCCAGAAGUCUGUAGCUUUAAGUGAAACAUCUAGUCAGGAGUUCAGGGAGGAGGCAGAGACUCUGAGGUCAGAGGUGAAAAAGUUGCAGAGUACAAAUGAUGAACUGAAUACAAAGUAUACUCUUUUGAAAGAGUCUGAAGCAGACAAAGAUGAACACUGCAACGAGCUGAAAAUUAAGCUCGACUUAUUGCAGAAGGAACAAAGCAAGACAGUUUCAGAAAUGUUGAAAGACUUUAAUAGUGUGAAGCUAGAAUUAAGGGAAAGUGAGCAACUAUUAUGUGAGAGUAGAGCUGAGUUAGAAGAUGUGCACACACACGUGGACACAUUGACUCAACAACACCAGACUGAGUGUAAACAGCUGGUAGCUCAGAACCAAGCCCUUGAGCAGGAAAAACUCUCCACUUCUCAAGUUGUGGAGGACUUGAAGUCUGAGCAGCAAAGUCUUCUGUCUUCCAUUCGAAGUUUAGAUGAUGAAAAUGAUGUUUUGAGAACAAAAAUUGAGAAUAUGGAGAGGUCUUUGAAUUCAAGUACUUCUGGCCAUUCGGAAUUGAUGAAAACCAAUGAGCACCUGAGAGAGCAAAUUGAUGAUUUAGAGAAAGAGAUAAAAGAGAAAUCAAAGAGAUGCGAAUUUUUAGAGGCAAACUUACAAGAAUGCAGUGUUGAAAAAGAUGCUGCACUUGCUGAAGUUGAGCAAUUAGAGAAUGUAAGAAAACAAUUAGAGACUGAUGUUGCAAGUUUGCAUGAAGAGUUGGAAGAUGCAUCAAAAGAGUUUGAAAAUCUGAGGAAUGGUUUUGAGGAAAGUAAAUCAAGUAUAGAAGGAAAAGUGAAUGCAGUGACACAGAGCAAGGAAGGGUUGGAAAGUGACCUCCGGUCACUUCAGGACUCCUACAGUGAACAGUGUGUCACAAUUGAAGAACAGUUGAAAAAACUAAAGGUUGCUGAGAAACAAGUAGAUGAGCUCCAGAAAGAGAUAGAUAUUCGUGAGUCAGAGUUGGGUUCUCUGAAACAGAAACUGCAGGACCAUGACAAAAAGUUGACAAGUUCCAAUGAAAGGAUAAGGGACCUUGAAAUUGCUGUAGAGCGAUCAAAUUCUGAAAAGAAUGCUGAAAGUUUAAAGUGCAAAGCCUUGAUCAGUGAAAAAGAAGAGGUUUCAGAGAAGUUGUCUGAAUUAGAGGACGUUCACAAGCUAGCCAAGAGUAGCAUUGAUAGCCUUAAAAAGGAAGUGUCUGUUCUGAAAUCUGAAAAAGAGGAGGCUGAAGUUCAGUACACUGAAUGCCAUGUAAAAUUGUCUCAAGAAUGUGCUGAGUCAAAGCAGCUGAGAGGCAGAAUUGACAGUUUGCUCGGGGACAAUGACAAACUUGAAAAGCAGUGUGAUGAGUGGAAGCAUAAAUGUGAAGAAGUCAGUGUCAAAGACGUGAAGGAGGAGGUGAGUGAGGCUGCUGUGGAUGAAUCAGAAAUUUGUGUUUCAGUAGUGGACUCUUUAAAUUCUGCUCCUAAACGGAGGACUGAUUCUAAUGAUAAUGAAACACUCAAUCCUGAUAGUGCUGAACAAGAGUCGAAAAUACAGAAGUUGAUGGAUGAAAUAAGUGUGUACAAGGGUGGAGAUGAUAUGAAUCGAGAAAAGCUGCAGAAUCUUGAGUUUGCCUUACAUGAAAUGCAUGAGAGAGAGGCAAAAUUGUUAUCUCGUGUGGAAGAACUUGAAAUGAAAGAGAAAGAGUUGUUAGAGCAGAUAGCUGACAUUGAGCAGACUGUGAUCGUACCUCUCGAGUCAGAGAACCAGGAACUGAAAGAUGAACUAAGUGUUGUAAGUCAGGAGAGGGACGAUGCCUUUGCUGUGGCUGGUCUUGACGAGGAUGAUGGUGAGCAAGAUGCAGAGUCUGUACGCAAAAGUCUGGAAGAUGCUUUACUUCAGAAGGAAGAGCUGGAAAAGAAAAUUGAGAUUUUGUCAGAGGAAGUGGUUAGUUUUGAAAGUGAACGAGAAGCUUUGUUCCAGAAAAUGUCAGAACUUGAAGUUUCGAAAAUUGAGAAUGAAGAGAAAAUUGAAAGUCUGGAAGAGGAUGUGCGGAGAUUGCAGAAUUUGGAGCAACAGAGGACAGUCGUAGAAGAGGCAGAGACAAGGCUCAUGGACAGAGUUCUUGACCUUGAAGAAAGAGAACAGCUUCUCACUACUGAAUUAGAGCAGCUCCGUAGCAACUCUCAAGGAGACAAGAAGACCGGUAGUUCAGGCAUGCAGGAAAAACUGACUUAUCUUCAACAGAAGAAUGAAGUGCUUCAAGAUGCAGAAGGGAGAUACAUGGAUAAGAUCAUGGAAUUGGAAGAAGCACAACACAGACUCCAAUCUGAACUAUCACAUCUGAGAUCACAGACAGCCUCAACCGAACAGUCUGUGGAGGAGCAAAAAACUAGGUCAGUUUCUGUUGAAUCUCUCUCACAAGUGAAUAUUGGUGCUAAAUUGCAAAUCUCUAUGUCACAUGUCUCUGUAGACACUGCCGACUUGUCUGUCACGUCUGAGCACGCAAUGACAGAGACAGAACUGUCACAGCGAUUGAGUCUUCUCGAAUCUGAAAACGAGAAACUUCAGUCAGAAGUGAUUGACAGACAAGCUAGAAUUGACUCCAUGCAGGAGAAGAUGGUGCUACUCCAAGACUCGGAGGCUGGGUUGAUGGAGAAACUUUUGGAGAUUGAAGGGCAACUGGAGAGCAGUAAAGCGAAAGAUUUACUUGCUCAUUCAGAUUUGGAUAAAAAAGUAGAAACUUUGAUGGAGGAAAAUGAGUUUUUGGCUGAAAGUGUUGAGAAUUACAAGCAGCUUUUUAAGGAGGAGAAGGAGAAAGUCAAUGACCUGCAGGACAAAGUAAUGGAAGACAGCACUUUGCUGCAAGAUUUGCAAGAAGCCCACGCUGAACUGGAGUCCACCCAGAAGAUGGUUGAAGAGAUUCAGUCAGAGUAUGAGGACCAGCUUGCAGCGAAAGACGCAGAGCUCCAGCAUAUUGUGGUGCGCAACCACCAGUUGGAGAAAGAUGCCACUGAGAAACAGCAACAGGAGAGGUUUGAGAUGGACUUGACUAACGAAGCCAGAAUGACGGAGCUUCAGGAGAGAGUGCAGCAUCUUCUAAAGCAAAACGAGAAACUCCAGAAGACGGUAGAGUCUCAGAACCAUGUGGAAGAGGAUCUGAGGGCUCAAGAUAAAUUGCGGAGGCAGGAACUGCAGGGCAAAGUCGACGCCCUGACGCAGCGGAAGGAGGAGCUUCGUGUUCAGCACAAGGCGAGAGAGCAGAAGCUUCAGGCAGAGCUGGAGGUGGUGUCACAGCGGGAACAGUCAGCUGUCAAGAGACUCGAGGCUUUGGAGACAGAGCUCCGCGAGCUGAGACAAGCAGUGGCAGCACAGGAGAGACGCAGGGAGGAGGAGCAACAGUCAGAUUCGGGACUGUCUGCAGAUGAUCCUCGUAUACGACUCGACAAUGUAGACAAGGAUCUAGAGGGCAAAGCCACGAGAUCGGAUUCGACGGUAUCCCAGGAGAUCUUCAGCUCUACCGCAACCGUUGUCCUAUCUCACCCUGCCCCUGGCCCGACUGCCGCUUCCAGAAAAGGCUCUUCCACCCAAAGUGGACAAACUCCGCCCCCAGGCCCUGUAGCCCCGCCCCGUGCUCACAGAAAAUCAAAAUCACGUGCACCUUCCAUCGAUAGCAUCACUCACGAGGAGUUGACUUUCCUCGUCGAAGAUCUUCAGGAGAGAGAAGCUGCGCUAAAGAAACGAGUCCGAGAACUCGAAGUCUUGGCCGAUUCGGAUGUCUCUCAACGGGUAGCAGAACUUGAAGUUGUCAAUCAAAAUCUAGAGAGGCGUAUCAAAUUUGCUGAGAGCCAAUCAGAAUCUCUCGCCAGAGAUGCUCGUCUCGUUAUUAGAGAUGGCGAAAACAGAGGAAGAGGAUUGAGAGGGGAAAGGAGGAUUGAGGAACUAGACGAGGAGGAGGAGGAGUUGAACCAGAGCAGAGAUCUGGACCAGAGUCGAGAGCUAGACCGCAGUUUCUCAUCUGUGAUCUCUUUGUCCUCCGGCGUCAUGCUGGGCAAACCCGAAGACGUGCUGCACCAGCGGAUCAAGGAGCUGGAGGGGCUGGAUAAGCACAACAAGAACCAGGUGAACAGCCUGGAAUCCUCUGAGAGUUCUUUGUUUGCCAAAUGCGAGGAGUUGGAGGCCACCAGAACCAAAAUGGAGGACAGGGUUCACGAACUGGAGAUCCACGAACGCCGGCUCCGAGAGCUGGUGCGGAGACUCAAGCUCGAUGAAGAACACUGGCUGAGCAAGUCUGGCGGCAUGGAAACAGCUGUUGCAGAACUCUCGGCCAAUGAGCAGCAGCUGAAGCGUUUGCUGCAGGAUGUGGAGCUGGAGAGAGGUGGCCUCACUGAGCGGGCAGAGUACCUGGAAGCCAGGAUCAGAGAACUGGAAAAUGUGGAGGUCACUCUGCUGCAGCGGGUCAAGAACUAUGAGAAUAAUGAGGUAACUCUCCAGAACCGUCUUGUCCACUUGGAGAACUCGGAGGCCGCUGCCCAGAGCAAAGCAUCAGAGCUGGAUGUGAUCAACAUGGAUCUGUCUCAGCGUCUGCAGCGGGCAGUGGAGGAGAACGCAGUGCUGAGUCAGCACGUCACUCAGCUGCAUGGACAGGUUCAGGACUUGGACCGACGUCUAAUGACCAGCAGAGACUCUGAGCUGGCCUACAAACAACACGUUGAGAGCUUGCAGAAAAAUGAGAGCUCCUUGCAAAAGAAAGUACGGGAAUAUGAGCUACGAGAAAUUGACAGUCAAGCCAGAAUUAGAGAGUUGGAGCAGACCAGCGAGAUUACUAAUGACAAGCUGGCAACUCUUCAGCGCUCGGAGAACAAGCUCAAGUAUCGUGUACAAGAGCUGGAGGGCAUUGGUGGUCAGAUCCCUGGUGAGCUGACCCCGGCCCAGAGACAAAAGAUGCCUCAGAAGCUGGAAGAUUGUCAGAAGAGAGUGAUGGUUCUACAGUCCCAGGUAGAGAACCUUCAGCUACAACUGAGACAAGCCCUCAGUGUCACACACAACGAAACUACUUCACAGGAGGAAGACAACAGUAUGUUAUCAGUUUCAAAUGAUGACUAUAAGCAAUUACAGACUAAAGCAGCAUUGCUUGAUGAGACCACAUAUCAGAUGGAAGAAGUUGAAAAGCUGAAUGAAGAACUAGAAGCAACAAUUUUGCAAUUGAGACAAGGCAAGGGUGCAAGUGGCCAUGAGGUAGAGAUUGAAGUCUUAAAGAGGAGACUCGCCUCUUACAAGACUUUAAUAAGCAAACUGAAGUCUAGUCUGUCUACAGGGCAGGCGACCUCUUUGUUGGAACCUGACCAAGACUCAGGUCCGGAGGGUGAUUCCCUGUCAGCCCGUCCACUCCAUGGGCUGGCAUCAGAGAGAGUCCUUCAGUCAGUUCGCGGCAUGCAAGAUGGAAAGGCUGACCCCCACAAACAGGGAGGUGCCCAGAACCUCGGCCUCGCUCACAAGGAAGACUUCGUUGUUCAGUCCGCCCCUGUCACAAAUACGUCUGCCCAGCCACGCAAGAUGUCACAAGAUGAUGACAGUAUUGGCAGCAGCGGCAGUGGCCAAUCUGGACAAGCCUCUAGCCGGGAGGAAUCUCAUUGGAGAGCUAUCGAGGCCAGGAAACCCACGGCCGGGGGUGGCUCGCGGGGAGGAGCUAUACCCACGGCCGGGGCGACGUGGGCCGGCCACAGUGCCGAGCCCCGACACGGUGGUGGCAAGUCUGGUGUGGAGGAGGAGGAGGUCACCAUUGGCCUUCACCUCCCCUCCGAAUCGGAGCACAGCAGCUACCACCGAACUACACAGAAUGACACGGACUCAUCUAACGGCCCAGUCCCGCCCCCGAGGCGAGGACGUGUUCUAAAGGCCGCCAAGAACUACCACGCAACGAGUAACAAUGGCAUCAGCAGCGGCAGUGAAAGCAGUGAUGGCCAAAUGGCCUAUGAACUUUCCGGACCCGCUGCGGCCGCGAACAAAAAACAUUUCGCUAAUGACAAAUCUCUACCUUCUCCGGCGAGAAGUGAUGAAGAUCUGCUUCAGCAGCAGACAAUGCAGAAACAGCGAGCACCCUUGACACGUUUCGGAGAGGACUCCUUCUACCUGCCCAGCUCCGCCCAGGAGGGCGUGGACAGCCUGGAGGAUGACGAGGCACCGCCGCCUCUCCCCUCCACAGGCCCCCCGGGGAUUGAGGUGCAUGCCACCUCACCCCGGUACUCGUCCGAUGAUUCUAUAGGCGGAGUGUCUAACGAGCAGGAUAGAAGGGACUCCCUGGAUAAUUCCACAAGUGGAAUGAGUAUUCGAGAACGUAUUGCCAUGAUUGAGAAACAACUUCAGUCUGAUAAAAGUGGUCGAAGUGAUGAUGACCAAGUCUUUUACUGGAAGAAAAAGUCAUCUGAAACUUUGAAGCAAGCUGAAGGCCUUGAGAAAGACAACAAACAUCUCAAGGAAGAUUUGCCUCCUGCCUUCAGGAGAAAGGAGAAGAUCAACAGACUAGAAAAGGAACUUGAAGAAAAACGUCGCCAUAUUAAUAUAUUAGAGUUAUGGCUUUCGGGCAUUGAAGACUUAUUGAAAAACAAGAACAAACAAACUGAUCGAGAAAUGGUCGAGCAGCUGCAGCUGGAUUUGAGCAAGCUGCGGCGAGAGCUCGGACAGGUUGGGUACCGCAGCCAGGAUGCUAUCCUUGACCCUGCUGCCCUUAAGACCGAGUUGGAGCGCAGGGAACGAGAAAUCAUGUCAAAGAAAACAGAAGUAGAAGUGGUUAGUCUGGAGCUAAAGCGCUGUCGUGCGGAGUGUGACAACAUCGAGGGUAUGCGCCGCAACGCACUGGACUCACUCCGUGGCUUGGAGAAAGAGCUGGUCUCUCUACAGGACAGUGAAAAACAGCUGAAGGAGACCAGAUCUCAGCUACAGGAGCUUAAAACAAAGCACGAGGACAGAGGUCAGGACCUCAGUGAGGUCAUCUCACAGAAAAGUGAGCUGGACUUGACCCUGCAGAAGACUAUAGCUGAGCGUGACCAGCUGAAGGUCGAACUGCGACGCGCUGAGCAGGAAAUAGAAACCCUGAGGGGCCACCUUGAGGAGACAAGAACGAAACUAGAAGAUUUGUUCCGUGUGGAUGCCAAGAAUUCAGCUUUGGAGGAGCAGUUAGGGUCUCUAAAUUCUUUGCUGAUAAACCGGACGGACAAGACCCGUGAAGUGUACGAGGAAAACCUGAACCUGCGGGACCGUGUGCACCAAAGUGAGGCUGAGCUCAUACAUCUGCGUAGCCUCUCCGACGAUUUCAACAAUUUGUCUGCCCGGUAUGAUGAAAUGGAAAACUUCAAGAAUCAAGCUGUCACCAUGAUUCAACCUCUACAAACCCAAGUAGACAGACUAACUCGCAAGUGCCAGGAAAAGGAUGCUUUGCUCCGUCGUUUGGGAGCCGAACUACGUCAUGUUUCUCACCGCCCAUCCAGUGCACUGGAUGACCUCACACGACUGGAGCAGAUCAUGAGUGUGGAGGAACACAACAAGAACCAUUCACAGAACAGACCUAGUUUCCCACAGACAUCAGAGAGGCACCAAGGACCCACACGAUCUUCGUCUAUGGAUGACCUUGACCUGAGCUAUCCCUUCAGCGACACAGACUCUAUAGGAGGGGGCUCCUCAGGCAGUUCCAUCAAGAAACAGCGGCCGACCCCGUACGUCAACAACCGCCCUCGAUCUGCUGAGACCCUGGGCUCGGGCCAGAGGGCACAGCGCGGGACCCAUGCACACUCGCGCUGGGCGACGUCUGGUCACAGAGCUCGGGAUCAUCAGCAGCUCCCGGGUGAGGCAGUGACCAGGGGGCAGUAUGUGGCUAUUGCUGACUACGAUCCAGGUCUUUUCUCACAGUCGGGACGGCCCAGUUUGGAACUAGCUUUGAGAGAGGGAGAUCACGUCUUAAUAUCAGGUCUAAUGGAUCAGUGUGGCUAUUAUGAGGCUGUGGUCAACGGGCGGUCAGGUCUUGUGCCUGCUAAUUACCUCCAGCCACUACACCUCAAUGGUCAUCAUGCCAACCAUCUCGGCCCCCGAGGAGCUCGGCUUGACCACAGUCCGGAGCAGGUGAUGGAUUUAUACCGGCGGCUCCAGCAGCCGGACCCUGUCACAGCUCAGCAUACACAAGGUAAUUUCUCAGCAAUGAGAAGCAACAAGCUGAAUGCAGCUGUCCUGUCACCAAAUAAGAGGACUGUCCCGGUGCCGGACCCUCCUCACCAUCUUCAGAUCAAGGGGAUUGUCAAUGAGAAAAGCAUCUUGUUGUCAUGGUUACCCCCUGCUAUGGACAAUCAGGGAAACAGCAACGGAGUCAAAGUACUAGGAUAUAUGGUGUAUCUGGACAAUGUGGAGUAUGAGCAAUUGUCCAGUUCCCGCCAGUGUGAAGUGGUCAUCGAAGGUCUCAGUCCCGACCGUCCGCAUCGUCUGGCUGUCCAAUCUCUCUGUUCUGGCGGGUACGCUUCACCGCGUGCUGAGCUGGUCUUUGAGGGAAUGGUCAAGCUGAACCAAGGCCAAGUGGACGAUGAGACGGAAGAUCUUGACACAGACUUGUCCUCCGUCCUCAACAGCAUCCAGUACAAGCGAGGUCACAAGAGAAUGGUGAUGGCUCUCUAUGACUACAGCCCAGAGCAGCAGUCCCCGCAUGACUACACUACACUAGAACUGGCUUUCCACGCUGGUGACCUCAUGCAUGUGUACGGGGAGCCAAGACAGGAUGGGUUCUAUCAUGGCGAGAUUGAGGACAAACGAGGCCUUGUCCCUGCUUGCUUUGUAGAGGAUAUCUCCAAGCUGAAUAGAGCUCCUGAUAAACAAAAAUCUUCUGGACAUAAGAGCAGCUAACAGAAAGAGGAAGACAAUCUAUCUCUCCACACUCUAUAGCCUCCCUCGAACUUCAAGGCGGCCAUGACUGAAGAGCGCCGUGUCCAGAAGUCUACUGAUAAGAGCAGACCAUGGCACUUAUGGAGUUAAGAUCUGACUCGUUUACCUGGUGUCGAGAGAUUCCGUCCAGCCCCAGACGGUGUGUGCCUACAGACGGACACCCACAAAUGUCUGGGGAUCAUCGCAUCCCUUGAGAAUGAUCUCUCUCUCUACCAUAGUGUAAUGUGUACAGCCCUUCCCAGGGUUCAUGUACUUCAGACUGGCUCUGACCGCUAGUCUUGUCGCUAGACAACCUAAUAGGCUGCAGUGUCCUUCUUUAUCUGAGUGGAUAAACUGCAUGGAGCCUGUAAACGAUCAGUUGUUUUGUUCUUGUUUUCAUCAGAGUUUUUAGUGUAGCUCGUGUGUACAUAACCCUGCCUCCCACCAUUCUGAUUUGACCAUGUAUAAGACAGAAAUAACACAAUUUAAAAGCAUUCCUUUUUUUGUUUUGUUGUUAUCAUCCGUACAUAUUUUUAUGUUCAAGUUCCUUUCUAGUUUGAGGCGAAAUACAAAGCCGUAUCCUUUGAUGAAUUUUGAAAGAUUUCGGCUGAUGUUCCUUUGCCGUUGUGGUCUAUCUAUUUGUUCACCAAUAACAAUGUAACGAAGUGUAUAAACUGUAUACAUUUUCCCAUAUGUUACUUUUCUGUGAUAGCAGUAAUGUACUUAUUUAAGUCUGAAAAGGAUAUUUUGCAAAUUUGUAUAGUGAUCUGAUCAGGCAUUGACGAAAUAGGCCAUUGCGCCUUCUCAUAUUUUGAUAUGCAUGAGCAUAUAUGCAAGCAUCAAUCUAAGUUGACUUCAUCACAGUUGUUUUAUAAGCCACAAAUCUCAUGAUAGUUAACUUUAUUGAUAAUUCCAUCCCAUUGUCAGACUGUAUGAAAACGUAUAAAGUGCUGUCAGCAAUGUUAUAUAUUAUAUAAGCAUUUUAAACGGGUGUCUAAUAAUGAACAAAAUCUAUUAUGUUCUGUAAAGUGCAAAUUCACCACCCUAUGCAAAAUGUUUGAAUUAUAUAUGCUUUUUCAGCAAUGGCAUUUUUGUAUUAAAGAAAUAAAUGAAAUGAUGAUUAUGAUCCGUA